CAAACCCAUCCCAUCCAUCCAUUUUCUACAGCUUGCCAACAGGAUUUAUUCUUCACUGCACCUGAUGGUGUGCAAUGUUUCACAUGUCUCUUUACCGCCAGGUGGGGGCGCUGCACUAUUCUGCUUAUAGCAAGUUUUUAGUUGGUUUGUUUGAAGAUAAAAACUGCAUUGCAAGCAAUACUUUACACUUUUAGUGUUAUUGUUUUACUGUAGCGAUUACAUCAACAAAAUUAUUUGUCUAAGUAGCUGGACAGGACAGAUUUAAAGAAAAAAAAAAGUUAAAAUGUUUGCUUUUUUUAAAUUAAUUGAUUAAUUUAAUUCAAUUAAAUGAAUUGUCGUUACAAAUAGGAAUCACGGUUCAUUAGAAAAUAUUUUUUUCGACACCCCCAUCAAAAAGUACAAAUAUGAUUUAACGUGAAUAAAAAAAUGUGGGGGUUUGAAAUAAAAUUAUGACUGAGGCCUUAGUUUAGCCAGGAAUACCAUGCAUACAAUAACAAGGAAACAAAAAUAACAUUAUAUUGGAUUUUUUGUGUGACUUGAGUCUUUUUUUCUUAACAAUUUUGCUUGAAUCCCAAACUGUACAAACUUUAGGACAGUAAUGCCAAAAAAAAAAAAGAUUCAAUAAGACUGUAAUAAGAAAAAGCUUAACAGUGAAAUGUAUGACAAAGAUACUGUUUUAUUUGAAUUUGUUAUCAAUAAAUGCCAACAAACAAAACAAUUAUUGCUCAAUUUUCUAAAUCUCAGGAGUUUAAAGCGAACAUGUGAAACUGUGGCGUCUAAUAUCAAAUGUUACAAGUCAAACUGUAAAAAGUGAAGAAAGUAAGGCGUAAUGAGAAAGAAAAAAGGUGAAGCUGGUGGUUUGACCAUCAGUUGAAGAAGAGGCGUCUCUGUGGCUGCAGUCAGAGGAGACGGGGGAGGCAAAAAUGUGAGUGCACACUUCUACACAACAACCUUUUCUCUUGCUUCAAUUAAGAUAUACUUUUUUUGUGUGUGGCAGAGAAGAAAAAUUGUCAUCUUCCGGGUCAAGUUGCCGGCCUUCAUCAGUAUGAGGUCUUUGGUCCUUGCGGUCUUUUGGCUGCUGUGCUGUAACGCCGCUCGACUGGACAGAAGGCGUCCCAGACCUUUCAUAACCACAACACCAAACGUGACUCAUGCCGAGACCAAAGCAGCUGAGUGCAACAGCUCCCCGGUGGAUUUCGUCUUUGUGAUCGACAGCUCUCGCAGCAUCCGACCAGAUGACUACGAGAAGGUCAAGACAUUUAUCCACAAACUGCUUCAGUUUUUGGAGAUCAGUCCUGACGCUACACGUGUUGGUCUGCUCCAAUAUGGCAGCGUGGUCCAGAAUGAGUUCUCCCUCAACGCAUACACCACCAAAGCUGAGGUAGAGCGGGCGGUGAAGAACAUGGCUCAUCUGGCCACAGGCACCAUGACCGGUCUGGCUAUCCAGUACACCAUGGAGACGGCCUUCACUGAGGGCGAAGGAGCACGACCGGCACACCUGCACAUCCCUCGGAUCGCGAUGGUUGUGACCGACGGGAGGCCUCAGGACUCGGUGGAUGAGAUCGCGGCCCGAGCAAGACAGGCCGGCAUCCAGAUAUAUGCCAUCGGCGUGGGAAGAGUGGACUUGAGCACCCUGAAGGUCAUGGGGAGUGAGCCUCACGCCGAGCAUGUGCACCUGGUGGCCAACUUUAGCCAGAUGGAGACGCUCCUCUCAGUGUUCCAGUCCAAACUCUGCGGAGGCACUGCACUGUGUGACCUGGUGGACCAUCGGUGCCAGCACACCUGUGUGAGCAGUCCCGCUUCUUACUGGUGCACGUGUAGAAAAGGUUUUGCCCUCAGUCCCGAUGGCAAGACAUGCAACGAAAUAGACUUGUGUGACCUGGUGGACCAUGGCUGUGAACACGACUGUGUCAGCAUUCUCCAGUCAUACGUGUGCAGGUGUAAGGGGGACUAUGUGCUUAAUCCAGAUGGCAAAACUUGCAGCAAGCCUGAUCCAUGUGCUGAUUGGCAGCAUGGCUGUGAACACCAGUUUAUGAACACGGAGGAUUCAUGUGUUUGUAAAUGCAAAAUCGGGUACAGACUCAGACCAGAUGGGAAAACGUGUCAUAAGAUUGAUCACUGCGCUGAAGAGAAACACGGCUGUGAACAAGAGUUCAUGAACACGGAGGACUCAUGUGUGUGUAAAUGCACAAAAGGAUACACACUCAGACCUGAUGGGAAAACGUGCAAAAGGAUUGACCACUGCGCUGAUGGGAAACACGGUUGUGGACAGGAAUCUGUCAGCACAGACGAUUCAUGUGUGUGCCAUUGCAGAGCAGGCUUCACACUGCAACCUGAUGGGAAAACAUGUCAGAGUAUGGACGUGUGCCAGAGAGUGGACCAUGGUUGUGAGCAUCUGUGUGUCAGCACCACUGACUCCUACGUGUGCAAAUGUAUGGAAGGAUUCAUUCUGGCUGACGACGGGAAGAGCUGCAAAAAACCAGAGUGUAGCGAAGGAAUCAUGGAUCUAGUUUUUGUGAUUGAUGGCUCCAAGAGUCUGGGCCCUGACAACUUUGAGCUCGUCAAGCAGUUUAUAAACACAAUUGUGGACUCUUUGGACAUUUCUGAGAUGGGCACACAUGUGGGCCUUGUUCAGUACUCCACCAAAGUCCGCACAGAGUUCACAUUGGGGAAGUACAGUACAGCCCAGGACGUCAAGCAAGCUGUAACUGGGAUGCGGUACAUGGGGAAGGGAUCCAUGACUGGGUCAGCCCUGCGUCACAUGUUUGAGCACAGCUUUUCAGACAAAGAAGGCGCCAGGACUAACAUCCCACAUGUCUGCAUCGUGUUUACUGAUGGACGAUCUCACAAUGAUGUCUCCGAAUGGGCCAGUAAAGCCAAGAACUCUGGAGUCAUAAUUUAUGCUUUAGGUGUGGGCAAAGCAGUGGAACAGGAGCUGAGAGAUAUAGCGUCCGAGCCAGAUGACAAACAUGUUUACUACGCUGAGGACUUUGGAAAAAUGGAAGAAGUGACAAAAAGGCUCAAGUCCAGGAUCUGCAGUGACAAACCAGCCGAUGAAAACACAUGUCAGUGUGAGGACCUCAUACUGUUUCAGAGCCAGGUCAAUGAGAAGCUGAGGAUUCUGAUACAAAAUGUUGAAGCUAUGUCAAGGAGAUUGCAGCUUCUUGAGAAUCAACUUGUGCAAAAAUAAAACAAUACGAUGGAUCAUCGGAUUUCAGUCUUUAAAACGUGCUUUCCUCUGGAGCUGUUUAUUAAUUAAAUUUUGUAACCAGUGUGAUAUAUUUUUAACCAGGAUUGUUGUUGUGGUAUUAGAAUAAAUGGCUAUGCACAGCAGUUUUGGUUCUGUAAUCGUUGAUAUGGGGAGUAUUUUGGACAAUGCACCGAAAUAACCUUAAAUUUCAAUCUUUUUUCAACUCUAAAUCUAAAUCAAAUCACAUUUAUGCUAAUAGUAUGCGGACACUCAGCACCUUAUCGGGAUUUAGGUAAAAAAAAAGUGUGUUUAAAAAAAUAAACAAAAAAACAGCCCCAAUCAUAGUAGAAAUAUCAUCAAAUACAGUGGUACCUCAACUAACGAGUACCUUAACUUACAAGUAAUUAGAGAUAUCAAGGUGUCUAUCGGCUUUAAUGCUUCAAAUUGCGAGCUUACCUUGAAGUACGAGUAUUUUCGCUCUCAAUUGAAGUGAUAUUUGUAACAUGUCUGUGCCUUUACAGCAAGAAAUAAUUUUUUUUCUUAAUUGUUGCUCUUUCUGCUUCAUUUACACAACAAGCAAACAUAAGUUUUGAUUAGACAGUUGAUGUGCGCUUCAGAGAUCGACAUCCUGCUCUUUAACCAUCAGAACUAAAAAAGUAAGUGUGAAGGAGACGAAGCACACGACCAAAUCAGAGAAACAAACCAUUAUGGUAAAUAAAUACCCUCGGUAUUAACAGCCUACCAGACGAGUCAGCCUCGAUACAGAGUCAGUCUGCAUCACACUAUGCAGCGAGCCACAAACGACAAACAUUCAUCCAUAAAAAUAUUGCAAAGCUGCAGAACCUGUGUUUGAAUUUGCUGUAUUUAGUCCUGACUCAAC